UUCCGUCCCAACGUGAUGACGUAUCGGUCAAAUUCGGCGCGCGAAACCUGGAAGAGGAAGUGAGGGAAGCUGAAGGCAAACGGCGGCCAGUUUGGUAUUUGAAUCUUAAAGAUAACAUCCAUCAUCUACCAACAUCUACAAUAUUAUGGCAGACCCGAGGGACCAGGAAGAAUCUGAGACCACUGCAGACAAUGCAGAAGACUCCAAUUAUGACCCUCAGUUUGAGCCAAUCGUCACCCUUCCUGAGCAGGACAUUAAAACUUUAGAAGAAGAUGAAGAGGAGAUUUUCAAAAUGCGAGCUAAACUGUACCGGUUUGCUUCUGAAAACGAGCCACCAGAAUGGAAGGAGAGAGGCACUGGUGAUGUCAAGCUGCUGAAACACAAAGAGAAGGGCACCAUCCGCCUCCUGAUGAGGAGAGACCGUACUUUGAAGCUUUGUGCCAAUCAUCAGGUUGUACCGAUCAUGGAGCUGAAGCCCAACGCUGGCAGUGACAGAGCUUGGGUCUGGAACACACUAGCAGAUUAUGCGGAUGAAGCACCAAAACCUGAGCUCCUGGCGAUACGCUUUUUAAAUGCAGAAAAUGCUCAGAAGUUCAAAAUGAAGUUUGACGAGUGCAAAGCAGAGGUCAAAAAAAAUCUUGAAGGAUCAGGAAAUGCUGACAGUGCAAACAAAGUUGCAGAGAAGCUAGAGGAGCUCUCAGUAAAGGACAAGACCUCAAAGGACAAGCAAGAAGUUGAAAAGGAGACGGAGAAGAAAGUUGAAAAGGAGAAGGAAGAAAAUGAGACAAAGGAGGUGAAGGCCGAGGAAAAGAAUUGAGAUAUAAGAACUUUCUUUUUCGGCCUUCAGUUUAUCCGUUUUUUCCUCUUUUUCUACAAUAGACUCUAAACGAACUGAAUUUGGACACUUGACAUUUAGUUUUUUUAAUUUGCUUUGCCUCACAAGUCCUUGAUACCACUCGAAGAAACCAAGACAAACCGUGCAAGCCCCCUUCCCCUUAACACACCUCAAAGUUACUUCUGACAAACUGUGGCCAGGCUUGUGAUGAUAAUUCCCACAUUGGGCUCUUUGGUUUUGUUCUGAAGCAGAGUUUUUUGUAGGGGAGAGGAAAAUGUAGCCUGCUCGAUAGCAGCACAGGGUCAGGGACCAGACAUCAUGGAAGAACAUGUCGCUGUCAUAUCCCAUGAUGCAUCGCAACGGGCCUUCCUGCCCUGUCCAUGCUUCCACUGCUCACACCUCCACGUGUGUCUAAGUAUCGUAAUCAGCAGGGUGGCCGGCGAGGGUCGUCAGAUGCAUCUUUUGUUUCCAAUCAACGCUUCAUCAGCGCCACUCCAACCUCAAUUCCUCAACAGGAAUUUGUUAGCUAACAUUCCCUGCUGAUGAUCUCAACAAAUUAGUCAACUUUGCCCCCCAAAGUGCAUCUGUAAAUACUUGUACAUCGAUAAAAUGUUGCUUCUCAUUUGCACUCGUCUCCUCCACCUUCCAAUAAAACUGUCAACCAUC